AUGGCGCUGGAGGCCGUGGUGUUCGCGCAAGGCCACUUCGGCUACGGCCAGGCUCCGGGGCUCGGGCCCUGGUGCGACAUGGUAGGCGCCGGCGGGUUCCUGGAAGACUGCUGGGAUCAGCAGCUUUUGGCCGCCCCCGUGGCGCCCAAUGCGGAGGAUCAGUGGGAGCCGGUCUCCAGCUGGGACCAGUCUGAGGCGUCCUCCGAGGGCAAGGCGGCGGCGCCGGAGCCGGCCAUGGCAGCGGCGGCGACGGGGAGGAGGAAGCGGAGGCGCACCAAGAUCGUCAAGAACAAGGAGGAGGUGGAGAGCCAGCGGAGGACCCACAUUGCGGUCGAGCGCAACCGCCGCCGCCAGAUGAACGAGUACCUCGCUGCGCUCCGCUCACUCAUGCCACAAUCCUACGCUCAAAGGGGCGACCAAGCAUCCAUAGUUGGAGGGGCAAUCAACUACGUGAAGGAGCUGGAGCAGCUCCUCCAAUCGCUCGAAGUCCAAAAAAGCGUCAAGAACCGCACCGGCCGAUCCCCUUUCGCCAGCUCCUUCACCUUCCCACAGUACUCCACCUCGUGUAACGCCACGCAGGCCACCGCCAGCGACGGCGGCUCCGGUGCCGAUUCGAGCGGCCUCAAGAGCGAGGCCGGCGUGGCCGACAUCGAGGUGACCAUGGUGGAAGGCCACGCGAGCCUCAAGGUGCUCUCCCGGCGGCGGCCGAGGCAGCUCCUGAGGCUUCUCGCCGGGCUGCAGCAGCUGCGCAUCCCGCCGCUCCACCUCAACGUGACCACCGUCGACGCCAUGGUCCUGUAUUCCUUCAGCCUAAAGGUGGAGGAUGGCUCCAAGCUGAGCUCUGUGGAAGAUAUUGCGGCCGCUGUGCAUGAGAUCCUGGCCAGGAUACAGCGGGAGGAGGAGGAGGCCGGUCGACUCAGCAGCUCGAGCUGA